AGGAGAGAAACAAACAAACAAAACUCCCCCAAACAGACACGCCCCUUGGUUUUUCCCCCACCUUCACUCUCUCUCUUUCUUUUUGUCACUCUCUCUCUCUCUCCCCAAUGCUUCAGUUCUACUUUUCUUCAUCAUCAUCAUGGGUUCUUUAAGUUUCAAACAACACCCCACGAGAGAAUAAGAAGGAAGAGAGGAAUGAAAGCCCCAUAAACCCCUCUCUCUCUCUCUCCAAAUCACAAGGCAUAAAUUCCACCCUUCAUUAAAAGCCGGCCCAACAAACUCACGAUUGAUUUCUCAAGUGACAAAAGUGUGAGAGCCGAUCUGCCCGAAACGUAUCUCCGACAUUGAUAGAGUUCUCCUCUACGCAAUAAACCCCACAUGUUGAAUUUGAUUAGGAUUUGAGUUAAGAUGCAGUCAAGGGUGGGGGCAUUGGAGGAAAGCAAGGACCCUGGUGGUAGUAUAUUAAAAACCAGCCAUGUAAGGGCCUUGCCUCUGAGGCUGAUCCAAUUCCUGUUGAUGUUUGUGGUUCUGGGUCUCGGGGUUUCGAUUUUGAGUAUGCAUACGAUCCGGUAUUUCGGUGUUCAACAUUUGGCUCCAACAGAACCAUCUGAUGUGAGGUCAUGUUUUGUGGAGCCAAACACGUUAGAAAGUUGGAUUAGACCUCCAUCUAGUCUGUUGCAUUCCAUGAAUGACACUGAGUUGCUGUGGCUGGCCUCAUGUGUUCCUCAAGUGAAAGAAUAUCCGUUCAAAAGAACUCCCAAGAUUGCUUUCAUGUUCUUGACCAAGGGACCAUUGCCGAUGGAGCCUCUUUGGGAGCGGUUUUUCAAAGGGCACGAGGGGCUUUACUCGAUCUAUGUCCAUUCGUUGCCAUCUUAUAGUCCCAACUUCUCAAGUUCAUCAGUGUUUUACAAGAGACAAAUUCCAAGCAAGCUCGCAGAGUGGGGAGAGAUGAAUAUGUGUGAGGCUGAGAGAAGACUUCUAGCUAAUGCAUUGCUUGACAUCUCAAAUGAAUGGUUUGUCCUCCUUUCCGAGUCUUGUAUUCCUCUGAGCAACCUCAGCAUUGUCUAUCACUACUUAUCGAAAUCAAGGUACAGCUUUAUGGGUUCAUUUGACGAAAUCGGACCUUAUGGGAGAGGACGCUAUAAUGAACACAUGGCCCCUUUGGUCAAUCUCAGUAAUUGGCGUAAAGGUUCCCAGUGGUUUGAGAUCAAUCGGAUACUUGCACAUAAGAUUGUUCAAGACACAACUUACUACCCUAUUUUCAGAGACUUUUGCAAACCUGCAUGUUAUGUAGAUGAGCACUACUUUCAGACGAUGCUUACCAUCGAGACUCCGCAUCUUUUGGCAAAUAGGACUCUUACGUAUGUUGACUGGUCAAGAGGUGGUGCUCAUCCGGCUACGUUCGGUAAAGGUGAUAUUACAGAAGAGUUCCUCAAGAAGAUUACUACUAGCGAAAAUUGUCUCUACAACAAUCAGCCGACCACGCUCUGUUUCCUUUUUGCUAGAAAGUUUGCUCCAAGUGCUUUGGAGCCUCUGUUAGAAUUAGCAUCUAAAGUCUUUGGAUAUUGACAUAAGAUUGGCUUCUUAAUGGUGUUUACGGAGAACUGCAGAUGGGAGUAUGAAUGUAGUUUUGAGUUAACAACGGACUUGUUGCUGAGAUUGGUUCCUUUCUACCCAAAUUAAAUAGGAUUUUUGAGACCUCAAUAUCAAUGCAUAUUGUAUGUAUAGAAAAAUAGGACAAAAGAUUAGCAUCCUAGAAAAUUUUUCUGCUACAAUAAUGAUUAUGUAUGUAUCUGGUUGGGAUCCUGAUUGAAUGAAGUGCUGUUGGGUCAUUUAUUUAAUAAAUGUUGUGACCUCCCAGAUUUGGUCUCUUUCUGAA